CUGCUGCCGGCUUCGGUAGUGAUGGUGGGAAUACGUGCAAUGCGUUUGGAAACCCUCCCCGCUCGAAUAGACUGUUAAGUUUCUACGUCUUUGUUUCAUAUGUAUUUUUUUGUUUUAUAUUCCGGAAUCGGAAGUGUUGUAGACCCGUCAAACUCUCUCACGCUGCCUCCGCCCGGAGAUGAUUUCGUAUAGUGCGCAAUUAAUAAGUCGGUGUGGGAACUAACAGGGAAAUUGUGUUUCAAUCUUUCUGAUAUACGGACUUUUAUAGACAUUGAUGUAGGAGUGAGCGCGGUCUUAAGCUCUGACAAGAUUGAACGAUCCUGCUGGGGUGAGAGUAAGCCCGUUUUGGACGUUUAAGGCCCUUAGAUGAAGACCUUUUCCCUGGUUGUCCUUGUAUUGAAUCCGAGCCGACAGCGCGGUCUAAAGAGGCUCAAGGGAAAGACCAAAAAGACAAGAAACUUGAUUGUAAAAAAGGAACAGCAGCCAAAGAGCAUGCGCGGGAGCUAUGCACGAUUUCUUUUCUUUCUAUCCCUUCUCCGUUUCGCCCUUUUUCUUUCUUUCAUGUCAACAUGCUUGUAGGGAUGCUGAUGAAGAUGCGUCGUUGUGUUCUAAAAUGGCUCCCCCCCACCGGUUCCUGUUUGGUCCAUCAAGUAAAUAAACUAAAAGGCGUCGGUUUAAGGCAUUCGAGCAGACUUCCCUUUUAGUUCCAGUCGGUCAUUUUCCCAGUUCUCUUUUCUAAACGGUUUUCUUCUUUUUUCUUUCAAUUCGCAAUUUAUCACACUUUCUUUGUUUGUGACGCGUCUGUGUUAUUUGAUUCGACAACCCUUUCGUCCCAAUCGGAUAUACUAUACAUUUCUGUUGGAUUUCUUCUUCAAGUUUGACAUUGAUUUCAUUGAAAUCAAUAGUCAUGGGUGGUAGUGAUUGUUUGAACAAACUUUUCGAGUCGAAGCCGGCCUAUUCCAGCGUGAUAAUGCCAGGUGAAAAUCACAAGACCCAUAGGGGACACGAGAGAAACACCAGUCUCAUCCGCGUCUUCACCGUCGUUGCAUACAUUUGCAGUGUUUCCAUAGCAGCUGCUGUUCUCUCGUUGUACUAUUUCUUUAUCUGGGAUCCGACAACUAAUAAUCAAAACAGCACUCUAGUGACUUACACUAGCAACUCUACUACUUCUCACCUUUUGGGCCAUUCCAAGAGCAGUAGUCCUCUUUUACGGCCACUUCUUGGCAACUGCAGUCUCAGCACCGACGACGUAGCUCACGGCAAUCUAACGUCUCCGAUGGAAGGCAAACCAUCUGCUCUCUUCUAAAAAAGGAUGUACACAAAUCGUCGUCGUCGUAAAGCUCUUUAAAUACAAGAAGAUUGAACAACACUUUUACACAUUCUGGUCGAGUGUUU